AUGUUCAAGCUCAUCGCUCUGGUUGUCUGCCUUGCCGUAGUCGCAUCGGCAUUUGAAGACUAUUACAGCUAUCCCAAGUACAAGUACGAAUAUGGAGUUAAGGAUUUGCACACCCACGAUCACAAAAGCCAAUGGGAGCACCGCGAUGGAGAUCACGUUAAGGGACAAUACACUCUGGAUGAAGCCGAUGGAACUCAUCGUAUUGUUGACUACAGCUCGGAUCAUAAGACUGGAUUCCAGCCUCAUGUUCAACGCGUUGGCCAUGCUCAUCAUCCAUAUCAUGGUGAGAGUUAUGCCAAUAUCGAUCAGCAUUAUUAG